ACAUUUCCAAUGGUCUUGCAUUAGUUCUGACUAACUUUCAGUCAUAUAGAUUGUAAAGAUCACGUUGUUCAUCUCAUAUAAGUUGUUUCAAUAUAACAAAAUUAAAUCUGCACGCCUAGGUGUCAUCGCAGUGAUGCCAUGUCAAUAGUAUUCAGAAACGUCACCCUUCGAUCUGCCGUGUCCAUCUUUCCAAUCAAGUAUAAACACAAAAACAAUUAUACCAUAACAAUCUGCAGCACCAAUAUACCCAAAACAACCCCAUCCAAGCACUAUAGCACCAUGAAAGAAAUUCCUAAGACCUGCAAAGUUGCUGUAAUUGGAGCAGGAGCAGCCGGGCUUGUAGCUGCCAGAGAACUAGAUAGAGAGAACCUUCAAAUUGUUGUUUUUGAUCAAUCUGAUAAUGUGGGUGGCACCUGGGUGUAUGACCCACAUGUGGAAUCUGAUCCCCUGGGCCUCGAUCCCAACCGUACAGUGGUACACAGCAGCAUGUACUUGUCCCUUCGCACAAAUCUGCCACGUGAACUGAUGGGAUUUCUCGACUACCCAUUUAAGGUGGUGGAAGGGAGGGAUUGCAGGAGGUUCCCUGGACACAGGGAAGUUGCACUAUAUUUGGAAGAAUUUGCAGCUGAAUUUGAUUUGUUGAAGUUUAUUAGAUUUCGAACAAAGGUGGAGUAUGUGGGCAUGGGUAACAAAGGUCAAUGGAUUGUGAGGUCUUGUGCAGACAAGACAGACUUAAAAGAAGAAUUUUAUGAUGCUGUAGUUGUGUGCAAUGGACAUUAUACUCAACCCAGAAUUGCAGAAAUUUCAGGUAUUGAUAGAUGGCCAGGAAAGCAAAUGCACAGUCAUAAUUACCGUGUUCCUGAUCCAUUCCAAGAUGAGGUUGUGGUUAUAAUUGGGAACUCAGCAAGUGGGGUAGAUAUUGCUAAAGAGUUGGCGGGAGUUGCUAAAGAAGUUCAUAUAUCAGCAAGGUCACUGAAUUCUACUGUAAAUAUGACAAAACCUGCAGAUGGCCCUGGCAAAACCUUUUUGCACCCUUUGAUAGAGUCUUUAUGCCAAGAUGGCACUGUGAGUUUCCAAGAUGGUGCCUCCAUUGUUGCUGAUUCUAUUAUCCACUGUACUGGAUAUUCAUAUCAUUUCCCCUUUUUGGAUACAAAGGGUGUUGUUACUAUCAAUGACAACUGUGUGGGGCCAUUGUAUGAGCAUGUUUUCCCACCCCUUCUAGCUCCUUCGCUUUCAUUUAUUGGCAUACCAUGGAAGGUUGUUCCUUUUCCAUUAUGUGAGUUACAGUCAAAGUGGGUAGCAUGUACAUUGUCAGGAAAUGCAGUAAUUCCAUCAAAAAAUUAUAUGAUGGAAGUUGUUAAAGAUUUAUAUGCUCAAAAUGAGGCUGCUGGCCGACCUAAACAUUAUACUCAUAAUAUUGGUAAUAAUCAGUUUGAAUAUUGUGACUGGCUUGCUGAUCAAUGUGGAUGUGCUCAUUUGGACACUUGGAGGAAAGAGAUGUACGAAUCAACUUCAAGAAAUAAAGUUAAACGCCCACUAACAUAUCAUGAUGAAUGGGAGGACCAUUACUGGCGUGAAAUAGCACUGUCAUCUCAGUCAAAAAUGAAGGAACAUACCUGAGAAUUGUUGGAGGCAGGAACGGAAGCGGGUUCCAAAGAAUUGCUGAAGUUAGGUGGCAGAAACAAUUUCUCAAGAAGCAUUUUUAGCAGAAUCUGUAUGUUGCUUCCAGAACCAGUGGAAGUGUGCUAAGAAGCACUCAUCUCUGUACAUAAGAGCCUUUGAAGUGUUCAUUGUUUACCUUUGAAAUGUGUUUCCAAAUAAGUUUGUACUUGGUAGUUGAAAUUUUCAAGUAAAGGAUCAUCAUUCCAUAUCAUUAGAGGUUAUGUUCUGCUGACACUGCCAAUUUCAACACAGAAACAUGAGUACAGGAAGUAAUAAUCAGGGAAACUUUUGUGGACUA